CAUCCUGCCUUCCUCUGAUACACCCUACAUGGACAGCUACAGCCAUGGAGAUAAAGGGUCUCUUGGUGUGUUUGGCUGCUGCACUCUUGGCAGUGUGUCAUGGUUGUUCUACAGGAAAGGAAUUUAUCACAACAUUUCUUCCUAACUACCACCAUACCUCUGAAGCAAACCAUAGACUCCAUGUGGUUCUGACUGCUCAGGGCUCUGCUGCCAAUGUUCACAUACAGGUGGCGUCAGUGAGUUACUCCAGGCAGCUGACCCUCUCUGCAGGCCAAAGCCGCUGGGUUUCUCUACCAUGUGGAUCUGAGCUGCACAAGCUGUUUGUUACUGAGAACUCAGCUGUUCGAAUCUCAUCCAGUACUGAAAUCUCUGUGGUCUCUUUCAACCGUCGCUUCGCCACAGGAGAUGGCGCAGUUGUUUCCCCAAAAGAACUGCUGGGUACCAACUACUUUGUGUACACACCCUCAGGAGGUCCUGGAUGCAUGGACAAGCUAUUUGCUAUCGUUAAUGACAAUAGCUACAACAAGAUCACCAUCAUACCUAGUGCUACUGUGAAGCUGAGAGGUAGUGUUGUGUGGAAACGUGGGAAGGCUGUGACCAUUACCCUGGCACCCUACGCAUCCUACCUUGUGCGAAGUCAUGCGACUUUAACAGGCACACAGAUCCAGUCCCAGCAUCCUGUAGCUGUCUUAGCAGGCCACCAGUGUCUCUCAAUGGGUUUCAAGUGUGAACAUGUGUAUGAACAGCUCCCUCCUGUGGCAAGGCUGGGUAAACAUUACCUGGUACCCAUGACCGGUUCGUGCAGGACCUCAAACUGGGCAGUGAUAGUAGCUGCUGAAGACAACACAGUGGUGACACUGCACAAGGGAAAACACGCACACAAACAGAAGCUAAAAGCUGGGGGUUAUACCAUGCAGAAAGUGCUCUUCAAACAGCCAAUGAUUGUCAAAAGCGACAAGAAAGUAAUGGUGAUGUUUAUCAGCAACAACAAACCAAACGACCCUUUUCUAAUAACGCUGAUCCCUACGUGCAAGCUUGCCACUGACUGGACGGUGGAGACAGUCGACGGGAUUCCAAGUACUGUUGCUAUCAUGGCAGAGAGGGAGGGGGCAGGCAGUGUGAAGCUGUGCUGGAAGGGAAAGUGCAUCUCACCUAAGUGGAGAAAUAUCCUGUCAAAUAACAACUGGGUGUGGUCUAAUGUAAAUGUGGGAAAUGAGCAGAAUCAUCUGACAGUGGAAGGUGAUGCCCGGACGGCAGUCUAUGUCUAUGGUGGGAAAUAUCGUCAUGCAUAUGGAACUGCUGGAGUUUGUUCUGAAGGUGCCCCUCCACCUACACCAAGCCCGAAUCCCUGCGAAGACGUGAAAUGUCGAGUAAAGGAACAUUGCGUGAACGGAGUAUGCGUGCAUACUUCCACAGCAACCUGCAGUGCGCUGGGUGACCCCCACUACCAGACAUUUGAUGGCCAGCGCUAUGACUUCCAGGGUUCCUGUACAUACAUUAUGGCAACUGUUGCAAAGGAGGCAUCUGACCUUGUGUCUUUCACUGUGACGACCAAGAAUAAUCACAGAGGUAGCCGUCGAGUUUCAUAUGUGAGGACUGUAACUAUCAGUGUUCACCAACAGACGAUUAUCAUCGGCAGCCACACAGGACGAGUGCAGGUGAAUGGAGAACUUCAGCACUUGCCUGUCAGCUUGUUGGACGGCAAAGUGUCUGUAAAGAGGAGCGGAAUCUAUGCUGUUCUCAGAACUGACUUUGGCCUGACUGUAAAAUAUGACUGGAACAUGAGGCUGUACAUCACUGUGCCAUCCUCCUACUACGAACACCUAGGUGGCCUCUGUGGAAACUACAAUGGAGACAGCAAAGAUGACGUCCCUGGAGGCUCCCAUAUCUCAACUGUGCUGAAGAUGAUCCAGCAGUGGAAGGUGAAAGAUCCUGAUCUGUUCUGUCAUGAUAACUGUGGGGGUCACUGUCCCCAGUGUUCACUGGAGCAGCAGGACCACUAUCGACACCCCACACGCUGUGGGCUUCUGACAAAGGCAGAUGGACCAUUUUCAGCCUGCUACAAAACCGUUGACCCCACUAUGUAUGUGGACAAUUGUGUCUAUGAUAUCUGCAUCAACAAAGGUGCAAAAUGGGUUCUCUGUGAUGCUCUGAAAAGUUAUGCUGAUGACUGUUUGUCAGAAGGAGCGAAGAUCAGCCCUGAGUGGAGAACAGUUUCCAAGUGUCCCCUCCCCUGUCCAGCAGGUAGCCACUAUGAGGCAUGUGGUUCGGCCUGCCCCGCCUCCUGUGCGGACCUGGAGAGUGAAGCCAAAUGUAAAGAUCAAUGUGUGGAGGGAUGCCAGUGUGAUAAAGGACUGGUGCUUAGUGGAGACAGAUGUGUUUCUAAGGCUAGCUGUGGAUGUCAGUAUAAGGGCGGAUAUUACCCAUCAUCCACCACUUUUUGGGGUGAUAACACCUGCACCACCAGAUGUCAAUGUCAUAAUGGGAAAGCCAAGUGCACAGAAUUUGCCUGUAAGAAGAAUGAGCACUGUGCCUUGAAGAAUGGCAUUAGAGACUGCUACCCAACAUCCUAUUCAACAUGCCAGGGCACAGGAGACCCCCACUACCGAAGCUUUGACAAUCGCUGGUUUGACUUCCAGGGUACUUGUACCUAUGUUCUGUCUCAGCACACCAAGGGAUCAGGCCACGACCUGGUCCCAUUCCAGGUGCUGGUCCAAAAUGAGAACAGAGGCCGAAACAAGGCUGUGGCCUACACCAAGUCCGUCUCACUCACUGUAUUUGAUAUCACUAUCAGCAUGAGUCGCGCCAACCCAGGGAAAGUACUGGUAAACAGUCAGUCAGUGAACCUGCCUUACUCUGUGGAAGAUGGCAAGCUCUCCUUGUUCCGGAAAGGCUACUUCGGCGUUGUGACAACAUCUUUCGGUUUGACACUGAAAUUCAACUGGAACAGCCACGUCAGCUUGACUUUGCCCAGUUCAUAUUCUGAUGUAACCACUGGCUUGUGUGGAAAUUACAAUGGCAAACAUAAUGAUGACUUACUGAAACCUGAUGGCACCCAGGCUGAACACGUUAAUGCCUUUGGACACAGCUGGAAGACAGGAGGAGACCCUGGCUGCACCAGUAACUGUCCUGGUGGUAAAUGUCCUGAGUGUGAGCCUGCUCUGUUAGUGCGUUACCAAGAGGAUCGCUACUGUGGUAUCAUAGCUGACAAGAGUGGGCCCUUUAAACAGUGCCACAGUAAACUAGACCACAAACCCUUCCUCAGCGACUGUGUUUUUGAUUUGUGUAUGUACAAAGGCCAUGUCUCCGCCCUAUGCAACAGCCUGUCAGCUUUCAGCACUUCUUGUCAGGAGGCGGGAGCUACAGUGGAGAGCUGGAGAACCGAACAGUUUUGUCCUGCAUCAUGUGGUGAGAACAGUCACUAUGAGGUGUGCGCCCCCCCUUGCCAGGUGACUUGCAGUGGUCUGGCCGCCCCUGAGGGCUGUGAUGAAAGUGCCCCCUGCACAGAAGGCUGUGUGUGUGAUGAUGGAUUUGUGCUGAGUCAUGACAAGUGCGUGCCUAUAUCGGAGUGUGGCUGUCAGUACGAAGGACAGUAUUAUCAAAAUGAACAGGUGUUCUAUCCAGAAAAGUCCUGUAACACUCGCUGUGUCUGUUCAGAUGGUAGCGUACAGUGUGAUACUAAAUUCCGUUGCUCGGCCAAUGAGAAGUGUGAUGUGAAAGACGGCGUUGCCACAUGUAUUCCCAAAGGUGUUGGUUCCUGUUCUGUGAGUGGAGUCAGGACGGUCAGGUCCUUUGAUGGAAUGGUGUAUCCUCUGUUGGGAGACUGUGUGUUCACGCUGUCAGAGGUGGAGGAGACAGAAGGAGGGAUGACACCCUUCUCUGUGUUGGUGCAGCAGCAAAGUGAUAAGGAAGGGAAUGUCUAUCGCAACGUGGAGCUCCAGGUUUACGACGUGGAAAUCGAAAUGGAGACUGGGGUUGUUUGGGAAGUCAAGGUUGAUGACAUCAGAGUCUUCCUUCCUGUGUCACUGGCUGACGGGAAAGUGCGAGCACAUCAAAAUGGCAUCAACAUCAUCAUUGAAACUGACUUUGAUCUGACGCUGACCUAUGACACUGUGUCAGGCGUGUUCUUGCAAAUCCCAUCCACCUAUAACAGCUUACCACGUGGUCUCUGUGGCAACUAUAAUGGUAAAGAGCCCUCAGCCGAUGAGAAGCCAGAAGACAUAGCAGCAGCUUGGGUAGUGAAGCAGAACAACACUACCUGUGAGACAGGCUGCGGCUCUAGUUCCUGCCCUAAGCCAGAUGGACAGAAGGAAGACAAAGCCAAAAAGGACUGCGACAUCAUCAAAGACCAGAGCGGUCCAUUUGCAGGGUGUCACUCAACAGUGAACCCAACGAUUGAUUACAAAGCUUGUGUCAGAGAGAUGUCCUCUGGCCAAGGAGAUAAGCACAUCCUGUGUCGUCACAUCCAGAACUACGUCACUGCCUGUCAACUAGCUGGCGCCAAGAUACGCGAAUGGAGAAAAGACGACUUCUGUCCUGUGACAUGCCCAGCAGGAAGUCACUAUGAGCUGUGUACCUCCACCUGCACCUCCACCUGCUUCUCUCUGGAGCAGGCAGGGGCCUGCCCUGUGUGCCAGGAGGGCUGCGAGUGUGACGAAGGCCUCAUGUCCGAUGGAGUCCAAUGUGUUCCUGUGGAGAAAUGUGGCUGUGUGGUGGAUGGACAGUAUUAUAAGUCGGGGACAUCAGUAUUACAGGAGGACUGUACAGAGAGCUGUACCUGCCAGUCUGGACAAUACAGCUGCAGCUCUACAAGCUGCAAGGAGGGGGAGGAGUGUCGCAACAAGGAUGGAGUGAUUGGCUGCUACUCCACAGACCCUUGUGCUGAGGUUAUGUGCAGGGUGAAGGAGCACUGUGAGGUAGUAGAAGACCAAGGAGAGUGUGUGCCUGAUUCUAAAGCCUUAUGCUGGGCAUUCGGUGACCCACACUACACCUCAUUUGACGGCUUGAGCUACUCAUUCCAGGGAACCUGCACCUACAUCCUCGUCAACACCACAGGUCUCGAUCCGUCCCUGCCAGAGGUAACUGUGACCACCAAGAAUGAGCUCCGUGGGAACUCUGAAGGCUCCUUUGUGCGUUCAGUCACUGUGGAGAUGAUGGGCCACCAUAUAUCCGUCCCAUCGUCCCCUAAUUACAGAGGCAGCGUAUUGAUCAAUGGCAUUAAGACAAAACUUCCUGUCAUUCUUGAAGACGGUAGCAUCUCCAUAAUAGCAUCUGGAAUAAAAGGAAUACUGCAGAGUGACAUUGGCAUUGAAGUCACUUUUGACUGGUCCACACUUGCCAUGGUGUCCAUCAGCAGCAGUUACUAUGGUAAUGUUGGUGGGCUUUGUGGAAACUACAAUGGCAACAAGGAGGAUGAGCUGACAACCUCUGGAGGCAGCACAGCUGCUAAUGUGACAGACUGGGCAGAGACGUGGAGCAUCCCUGAUGGCGACCCAUUCUGCUACCAUUUCUGUGACGGGGUGUGUCCUCAGUGCUCUGAGGAGAACCGAAUAAGGUUCACUGGUCCAGAGUACUGCGGCAUCCUGAGUGAUAAGAAGGGACCUUUCUCUGGCUGUCAUGGUAGUGUGCCAGUAGCAGAGUUUGUGUCAGACUGUCUGUAUGAUGUCUGCAUCAAUGAGGGACGGCAUGAGGUCUUGUGUGAUGCCCUGAGCGGCUACCUGGCAGAGUGCCAGGAAGCUGGAGCGCUUGUGUCGCCAUGGAGAGAACUGGCCAACUGCUCUGUUCUAUGUCCUGCCCACAGCCAGUACAAGGUGUGUGGCACAGCCUGUCCAGAGACCUGCAGUCCUCAGCCAGUAGGAUGUCCUAAGAUCUGUGUGGAGGGCUGUUUCUGUGACCCUGGAUAUGUUCUCAGUGGAAAAGAGUGUGUUAUCAAGGAGGAGGGCUGUGGCUGUAACUAUGAGGGCCGAUAUUACCUGCCGGGUGAGGAGUUCUGGGCCGACUCACAGUGUGAGAAGAAGUGUGUGUGUGAUGGAGCAACACAAAAUGUGAAAUGUGAGCAGGUUGGGUGUCGCCCUGGGGAGAAAUGCGAUGUUGUGGACGGAGUCCAAGAUUGUUACCCUAUCAGCUUUAAAACCUGCACUGCCCGCGGAGAUCCGCACUUUACCACCUUCGAUGGACGCAAGUUUGACUUCCAAGGAAACUGUGUCUACAAACUGGCCAGUUCGUGUGGAGAUACUAAAGGUCUGAAGCACUUUGAGAUCAACCUGGAGAAUAACAACCGUGGCAACAAAAGAGUUUCAUAUGCUAAAGUGGUGACUGUUAUAGUCUAUGGUGUCACAUAUACACUUUCAGCCGACUACGCAGGCAGAGUACUGGUGGACGGGCUUGAAAACUUCCUACCAUUCUCAUACAAUGACACACUGGUCCAAGUUUAUCAGAGACACAGACUGGCCAUCAUUGAGACAAACUUUCUAAAGGUCUCAUUUGACUUUGUGAGUACAGUGAGGGUGGAGCUGGCUACUAGUUACCACGGUGCAGUUUGUGGUCUUUGUGGAAACCUCAACGAUGACCCUGCUGACGACCUCAUGCUGCCCAACGGGAAACUGGCCUCCAACGCCAACGAGUUUGGAGUGAGCCAGUGGGUGGCCGACGUGGAGGGCUGCUCUCGGAAGUGUGAUGACUGUGCUCAGCCCUUCCCCCCUGACUUCAAGCCACCCAGUUACACAUCAGUCUGUGAUAUCAUAACAGCGGAGGACGGGCCCCUGGCUGGCUGUGUAAACCUACUAGAUUCCAAGCAGUACCGCGCCGACUGCAUCUACGACAUGGUCCUCUUUGAAGGGAAACAGCAAGCGGCCUGUGACAUCAUCAGUGACUAUGUGGAAGAGUGUCAGAGACAGGGCGGCUGUGUGAAGUCAUGGAGGACAAGGCAGUUCUGCUGGAUGAGGUGUCCAGCCCACAGUAUGUACAGUGUCAUCGCUCCUGGCUGUCCAGUCAGCUGCACCUCUCUGUCUUCACGGAACAACUGUAAAAUCCCACCCAGUGAGGGCUGUGUGUGUAACCCUGGUUACGUGCUGAGUGAGGAACGCUGUGUGCCACUGGCUGAGUGCGGCUGCCGCUUUGAUGGCCAGUACAUUCCUUCUGAUGAGAAAUUCUACGCCGACGCUGACUGCCAGAGCCUGUGUGUGUGUCACCGAGGGACGGUCACCUGUAAAAAGAGGCCCUGCAAAGGGCAGCAAACAUGUGGAGUAUGGAAGGGAGUGAGGGGCUGCUACAACAAAAACCAUAAGUUGAUAAAAGGAUAGAACCAGGACAAACACAUCCACCUUCUCCUAAUUUGAUCUAUCUUUAGGGAGAAUAUAUCCAGCCAUGUUGUGAUUGUCUAUUGUAAGCAAUGAAUUAUAAUAACAGCUUCCUCUGUGGUAACAGUCCAAAUAUAUCCAGGUACUGGAAGCUACAGAAAUCUCAAAUUAGAAAUCGAAAAGUAAUUAAAUAAUUAUCUUGCACCUUGCAGUUUACUCCAGGUUACAUAAUGUACUCUGAAUACUCUGUUACUGUUAUGACUGUCAGAACUAAAACAACUUAAUUCCAUACACUCUGAGUUGCCAGUUUAUUAGGUACACUGUACUGACCACCCCCUUCAUAUCAGUGAGGGGAGGCUAAAUAACAUGAACUGCUCUCGGUAUAAUACACUGCAGUUCAACAGCAGCACAGACAACCUCCUCCAGAAUGAUCACUCACGUUUAAACUGAACACAACCUUCACAGAGGAGGAUUUACUGCAGGUCUGUGUGUAUUACACUGCAGUUUAAAGUAGGAGUACACAAUAUACUAUCAAUGGAGUGUGGCUUAGUAUCUUACAAAAUAAAAGCUCUUAUAGUUUGUAUGGGAUGAGGACUACUAUUUACAACUCUCUUGUAGCUGUGGAGGAUCAUAAUAACCUUUCGUAAUUGUCUUCAUUUUUCCUAUCCCUUCCACAAGCACUAACCUGUGCAGUGCAUGUCAGUCUUUGCUAAUCACGUUUCUAAUGAUCAUUAAAAGUGCUUCAGCAGCGUAA